AAAUAUCUCGCCGGAAAGCGUUUGGUCUGUCUCUUAAACAUGCAUGGCCCUCCGCGUCCCCUAAGCUUGGGAGAUUUGCUCUUUCUUCUUCCUCUUGUGUCGACGCGUUCUGUGAGUGAGUGACUGUUCUUCCAUCUCAUCACCGGUGGGUCUAUUCGGUCUGUAAGACAAGCAUAGAGCCAUAGGAAGAGUUGAAUAGAGUCGACGAUACCAUGUCUAAGUUCCUCGCCGCUGCAACAUUUGUUACCGCCGCACGGGCUUUGGCUUUCGAUGGAAAGCCAGCCCGAGCAACGGAAGCCGUCGUCCCCGAUGCGACCUUCCAUCUUCCCGAGAUCACAGAGGCACCAGCUAUAAGGGAAUUAUUCAAGAGGCAAUCGGGCGGUGACCAAACCGUUCUCAUUGGGCCCGAUAACACUUGCGGUUAUGUUUCUGGAAGAGCAGGUGCCCCAAUCACCUGUAACAAUGAUUACACCUGUGCUUUCAUAAUUCAGGAUAAUUUUGGUCGUGCCGGCUGCUGCGAUGGCGACAACUGCGGUCUCCGUGCCACUUGUUUAGAUUAUUCACAAGUAUACUAUAGUAGUGCUUGUGACAAUGGAUGUCUCCAAGACACAUUUACACUGAAGUGCACUCAGUCUGCCGCUCCUUUCUGUAAUACUAUUACGUUCUUUAGUGGUAUUGAGGACUUCCUUUGUGACUCACUGAACAUCUCUACGCCUCAACAGCUUUAUACAACGUACAAUGGAGAGACUGAUGGCCGAUCUUUCCAAGAGUUCACCCUAACGGCAUCGGAUUCCGCAUCCGGUGACUCCGACUUCUCUGAUUUCAACACCGCAUCUGAAGACGGAUCGUUCGUCAUCUCAUUUACUUCUUCGGAAUCUCCCGUGAACUCCGGUGGAUUUGGUGGAAACGGCGGCAGUGGGAAUGGCGGCAGCGGUAACAACAACAACAAUAACAACAAUGGUAACUCUGGCACCGAUCAACCAGUUGAAAAGAAGGAAUCCACUCCCAUUGGUCCUAUCGUUGGUGGUGUUGUUGGCGGAGUCGGCGGCCUUGCGCUCAUUGGCCUUGGCAUCUUCUUCCUCGUUCGUCACAACAACAAGAAGAAGAAGGACGCACUCAAUGCCGGACCGGGGAUGCAGCAGACACCCCAAACCGGCGGUAUGGCUCAACCGCCUCCGGGGCCCCCUGGCUAUCCUCAGCAACCAUACGGAGGUGCACCCUACGACCAGCAACCAUACCAACAGCAGCCUACACCCCCACAGGGCUACUAUCCACCAUCGGAACAGAAGCCUGCUGGAUUCGUUGGCGUAUCGCCAACUGGUGUGCCCGACCGCCACGAUACCACGAGUCCUGUCUCACAAUUCUCCGAUGCCAGACUUAGCGUACAGCCCCAGAGCCCAACAUCAACACUCAACUCGAACUGGGGCCCGCAGCCCGGCAACCCAGGCACUCCGAACGUCCCGCCGACCGUCCACGAAGCUGGCGGAAACGUGGUCGGCGAGAGAGAUUAUAACUCAAAUCACCGCGGCCAGUUCCACGAGAUGCAGGGUUGAUGUUAACGUUAACUACUACUAUUCUUACUUCUAAUCACAGAAAUCAAUAAUAAAGAAAACACCACAUUGAACUACAUACGACUCUACAUAUCAGAAAGAAGAAGAAAUGUGCGAUAAAGAGAUGUUUGAGGCACGAGGCCACACUUGGUUACGCAUGAGUCGGAUAGACUGUAUACCUACUUACACUAGCAUAGGCGGCCUGCAGGGGGGGCAUCUCGUCAUCUAUCGGGUUGGGUGGGUAGUUGAAAGCAUUGAAUCCGGAGUUCGAGAAGCAUUUUUCACUACCUAGGGAUUGGCAUCACAACCAUCUAGGCUACUAUUAUUUUGGAAUUUUGGAAUAUUCUGGGGGGUUACUUGUAAUGAAUCAGACGAGCGUGUAGGCUAAUUGAUUGUGCAUUCGUUGCUGUCAGACCAUCUUUGAGCCAUGACAUAUGCAUAAAACCUGGGUUGUUACUUCAGGGGACAAUGUAGUGUCUGGAAGCUUCUUGUGGA